GUGCAGUAGCCGGUGUCCACGUAACAGGUUCGAAUCCAGGAAUAUAACUAUUGAUUGACGGACUAAGACACUUCUAUUACAAGAUUUACGAUGGCACCCACAAUCGUCUCGGAAGAUAGACUGACGUCGGGUCACCGGCUGUCACAUCCAGCGCCUGGAGACGAAGUUCUGAUCACCGGCAUCUCUGGUUACUUUCCUGAUUCGGAUUCCGUUGUACACUUGCAAGAAAAUUUGUUUAAUAAGGUGGACCUCAUCUCAGGGGACAGUCGUCGUUGGAAGCUUGCUCACCCUGAGAUCCCGCAGCGUACGGGAAAAAUCAACAAUGUCAACAAAUUCGAUGCCUCCUUCUUCGGUGUGCACUUCAAGCAAGCACACACAAUGGACCCCAUGUGUAGAAUACUCCUGGAGAAAGCAUACGAAGCUGUUAUUGAUGCUGGUUUGAAUCCAAAGGAACUUCGCAACACUAAGACUGGCGUGUUCAUUGGUGCUUGCUUCUCCGAAUCUGAAAAGACAUGGUUCUAUGAAAAAAUGCAGGUCAAUGGGUUCGGUGUAACUGGUUGUUCCCGGGCUAUGUUAGCUAACCGUAUCUCUUACUGGCUUGGAGUUACUGGACCUUCCUACACUGUGGAUUCAGCUUGCUCCAGUUCUUUAUAUGCCUUGGAACACGCAUUCAGAGCAAUACGUGACGGCCACUGUGAUGCAGCUAUUGUCGGAGGAUCGAACUUGUGCCUCCAUCCUUACGUAUCUUUACAGUUCUCUAGAUUGGGUGUAUUGUCACCUGAUGGAAGAUGCAAGAGUUUUGACAACAGUGCAAAUGGUUACGCUCGAUCAGAAGCAAUUGUUGUUUGUUUAUUACAAAAGGCUAAGGAUUCGAGAAGGGUCUACGCCCAAGUACUCCACGCGAAGACUAAUUGUGAUGGGUAUAAAGAACAAGGUAUCACUUAUCCAGCUGGUAACAUCCAGAAGUUGCUGCUUAGUGAAUUUUAUGAAGAGUGUUCUAUUCCACCCAGCAGCCUCGAAUUCGUAGAAGCUCAUGGAACAGGCACAAAGGUUGGAGAUCCUGAAGAACUUAAAGCUAUUGAUGAAAUAUUCUGUACUGGGCGAUCUGAACCUCUUAUGAUAGGUUCUAUUAAAUCUAAUUUGGGACACAGUGAACCAGCGUCAGGUCUUUGUUCUAUUGCAAAGCUGUGCAUUGCCUAUACAACAGGAUAUAUUCCCCCAAAUCUUAAUUUCAAAGUCCCGAGAGAAGGUGUCCCAGCCCUUACGGAGAGAAAACUCAAGGUGAUUACGGAGAAGCAGCCCUGGGGCAGGGGAAUGUCUGGUAUCAACAGCUUCGGCUUUGGGGGUGCGAACGCCCACACCUUGCUUAAGAACGUUGCGAGAUCGAAGGUCAACAAUGGAAUGCCAUCGGAUGAUCUACCUAGAUUGGUCUGUGUGUCAGGUCGUACUGAAUCAGCUGUGGCUAAGAUUUUAGAUGACCUUGAAUCGAGGACAGUUGACGCUGAACUUGUUAGGCUUUUACAUGCGAUACACGAUGAGGACAUCACCGGCCAUGUUGUUAGAGGAUAUACAUUGCUGAACUCUACACCAACAAAGAGCGUGUCUGUAGCUCGACACAUCCAAUACUUCUCCGGUGUCCGUCGUCCAGUGUGGUUUGUUUACUCGGGUAUGGGUUCCCAGUGGGCAGGAAUGGCUACACAGCUCAUGAGGAUCCCUAUAUUCGCUGCUGCUAUUCAGAAAUGCCACAAAACUCUAGAGCCCAAAGGCAUAAACUUGACUAAGCUCGUAACGGAUCCGGACCCUAAGAUAUAUGACAACAUCCUCAACUCUUUCAUCGGUAUCGCUGCUGUUCAGAUUGGUCUCACGGAUGUCCUGAAAGCUAUUGGAAUUGAACCAGACUUCAUUAUUGGUCACAGUGUGGGUGAAUUAGGUUGCGCGUACGCAGAUGGAUGUUUCACAGCGGAACAGAUGAUUCUUUCAGCAUACAGUCGAGGUCUGGCAUCCAUUGAGACUCCGUUUAUUAAGGGAUCCAUGGCUGCUGUGGGUCUUGGUUAUAAUGAUAUCAAAACAUUAAUACCACCUGAAAUCGAAGUGGCUUGCCAUAAUGGACCUGACUCCAGCACUAUUUCUGGACCAGCGGACAAAAUGAAGACUUUUGUCGCCAAGCUGAUAGCACAAGGAAUCUUCGCCAAAGAGGUGCCGUGCUCUAACAUCGCCUACCAUUCAAGAUAUAUUGCUGAAGCUGGACCAAAACUUCUCAAGUACUUGAAGCAAGUGAUUCCGUCACCAAAACCACGUUCAGAACGCUGGCUCUCCACUUCGGUCCAGCAAGCUUUGUGGAAAGAUCCCAAAGCUGAGAUGUCUUCAGCAGAAUAUCACACCAACAACCUCUUGAGUCCAGUACUUUUCGAGGAGACAGCUCGACUAAUUCCUGCAAACGCAAUCACCAUAGAGAUUGCCCCACAUGGCCUCCUACAAGCUAUUUUACGUCGAUCUCUCAAAAAGGACGUCAUUAACAUUCCUCUCACUGAGAGAAAACACCAGGACAAUGUGCACGUUCUCCUCACAGCCUUGGGCAAAUUGUACGAAGCCGGACUUAACCCGCACCUAGCCAAUAUUUACCCGACCAUAAAGUUCCCCGUCUCGCAAGGAACACCGAUGCUCUCACACCUCGUCGAGUGGGAACACAGUGAGGACUGGUACGUGACGUCAUAUAGAGCACAAGAGAAGAUGAAGUCUGGUGAGAGGACAGUGAGAAUGUCCAUUGUUGAUGAAGACAGCGAUUACAUGGCCGGCCACGUCAUUGAUGGUCGUAACUUGUACCCUGCAACCGGUUACAUUGUGAUGGUGUGGGAGACCCUCGGUAUGAUGAUGGGAGAGCUGUUCACGGAAGUGUCCGUGGUGCUCGAAAACGUUCGGUUCCAAAGGGCUACUAACAUACCUAAAGACGGAAACUUAGAAUUUGUUGUGAUGAUUCAGAAAGGAAGUGGGCAAUUUGAGAUCGUUGAAAGCGGAGCAUCCAUCGUGACCGGACGUAUAUACGCAAAGAAGAACGUUGGGCAAGAUUACCGUGUACUUCCAGUUGAGCCGGAAGCAACAGGACCCAAUAUUAAACAUCUCCUAACAAAGGACUUCUACAAGGAGUUACGCCUGAGAGGCUACCAGUACAGCGGCCUCUUCCGAGGCAUAAUCGGAUGUAACGUGGAAGGCACCCGUGGCCGUCUGGCCUGGGUUAACAACUGGGUCGCCUUCAUGGAUUGUAUGCUGCAGAUGAAGAUUAUCGGCCAAGACACCCGUGGAUUAUUUGUGCCCACCAGGAUUGAGAAAUUAUCCAUUGAUGCAAACAUACACUAUGAUGCCUUAUCCAAAAUGAACCCUGAUUCUACUAGGCAGUCGUUUGAGAUUAGGGUGUAUCCUGAUGUUGACGUUAUCAGGGCUGGUGGCGUGGAAAUUCGAGGCUUACACGCGACACCGAUUUCAAGAAGAAUUCCACUUGGCGUACCAGUUUUAGAAAAGAACAUAUUCGUUCCCAAUUUCGGAAAGUCUAAGAUGAAGAUUGAAGAUAUUCUCAGAAGCAACAUUCAGCUUGUUCUUGAAAACAUGCAAACUUACAAAGUUAAAAGUAUUGAAAUUGUUGACGAUGAGUAUAAAAAUAGUGGAUUGAAACCAAUUCUAGAUAAAGUGGCGGAAGUCUUAGGUGACCUGCCCUUAGUACAAGCUGAAUUAUCUAUUUUAUCUGAGGAUCCAAUUGAAAUGCCAUCAAACAUUUCUGUUGAAAAUAGAAAACUAAGUGGAGAAAAUAAUACUCUUAUAGUUAUUGGUGCUAACCUGCUUCAGAGACCGGAGGUACUUAAAUAUGCGGUACUCGUUCUCCGGGAAAAGGGGUUUAUCAUGAGCCGAGAAAAAGAACCCAUUAAUGCAAAAGAUUUCUCCGAAAACUACGACAUAAUCACCAUGCAAGAUACUGGCUUUGAAUACAUUGUACUCUUUCGUAAACGAGUUGGUGCAAAACCGGCUAAAUUCGUCAAAAUCGUUUCAUCUGAUGAAACGUAUGCAUGGAUAGAUAAAGUCAAGGAAGAACUGAAAGUUGGUCAGAAAGUAGUUUUGUAUAGCCAAGAUGAGCCCAUAAAUGGACUACUAGGUCUCAUAAAUUGUCUGAGAAAAGAACCUGGUGGUGAAAUAGUAUAUGGUCUAUUAAUUGACGAACCUUCAGCACCACCAUUCAAUCCAGAUUUAGAAUUCUAUGAAGAGCAGUUAGAUAAGGAUUUGGCUAUCAAUGUUUAUCAAAAAGGUCAAUGGGGUACGUAUCGUCACUUACUCCUGGGCGACUUGGAUACGGUUAAGGCGCACCACGCCUACGUGAAUACGGUCACUAUUGGAGAUCUGUCUUCAUUAAAAUGGCUCGAGGGACCUAUCAGAAUAAAUCCAGUUUUCAAGAAUCCAGAAAAUAUUUUAAUACAUGUCUAUUGCUCAGCUUUGAAUUUCCGUGACGUGAUGACGGCUAUGGGGCGCGUGACGGUCGAUGCCGUCGCAAGAGGCAGACUUGCACAAGAUUGCGUGCAAGGGUUCGAGCUUGUCGGCAGAAUGUGCAAUGGUACUCGGGUUAUGGCUAUGGUGAGAAACAGCGGUAUGGCGAACAUGGUGGUAGGAGAUAAGGCACUCUUAUGGGGCAUCCCCGACGAGUGGACUUUCGAGGAGGCAGCCAGUGUGCCUGUAGCUUACGGAACUGUUUACUAUGCCUUGGUGAUGGUUGGUCAAAUCCAAAGAGGAGAAUCAAUUUUGAUCCAUGCGGGUUCUGGUGGUGUUGGUCAAGCAGCCAUCAACGUUGCUCUUCACUUUGGAUGCGAAGUGUUCACUACUGUUGGAACUCCAGAAAAACGAGCCUUCAUCAAAAAGCUUUUCCCGCUACUUAAAGACAGUCAUAUUGGCAAUUCUCGUGACACGUCCUUCGAAGACAUGGUCAGGAAAGAAACAAAAGGAAAGGGAGUCGAUAUUGUCCUCAAUUCUCUCGCAGAUGAGAAAUUACAGGCUUCAAUUCGCUGUCUCGGUUACCGCGGCCGUUUCUUGGAAAUCGGAAAAUUCGACAUCAGUAACAACACGGCCAUUGGCAUGUACUUCUUCCUUAAGGAGAUCUCCUUCCACGGAAUUAUGCUGGACUACAUCUUCGACCAAGGCUACGAAUUUAGAAAGAACCUUCAAGAUCUUCUAUUAUCUGGUAUUGAGAGCGGUGCUGUCCGUCCACUUACGUACUGUACUUUUAAGAAGAACCAAAUCGAAGCUGCAUUCAGAUACAUGGCAGCUGGAAAACAUAUUGGAAAGGUGAUUAUUAAAAUUCGUGAUGAAGAACGAAACAAUCGCCUAACGAAACCAUCUUAUAUGCCCAUUGAUGCCGUUCCUAGAUACAUGUGUGAUGAAAAAUUAGUGUACAUUGUGGUGGGAGGUCUCGGUGGUUUCGGAUUGGAGCUUGCAGAUUGGCUCAUCAUGAGGGGAGCCAGGAAAGUGCUGCUUACAUCCAGGAGAGGAGUCAGUAAUGGUUAUCAAUCAUCGAGACUGAGAGCAUGGGCAGGCUAUGGAGCUGAUGUUAAAAUUUCAACUCAUGACGUCACAACAGAGGAAGGAUGUGAAGAAAUGUUGAAGAUGGCCAACUCUAUGGGAACAGUUGAGGCGAUAUUCAACUUGGCAGUGAUAUUAAAAGAUUCCAUCUUCCAAAAUCAAACGCUCGAAUCUUUUAAGAUUUCGUUCGCACCAAAAGCGUUAGCUACGAUGAAUUUAGAUAAGCUGUCAAAGAAAUUGUGCCCAAAGUUGAAGGACUUCGUGAUAUUCUCAUCCGUAUCUUGCGGUCGCGGCAACGCUGGUCAGACCAACUAUGGUUUCUCUAACUCCGUGAUGGAGAGGAUCUGCGAGUGGAGAAAGAAGCUCGGCCUCCCCGCACUCGCCGUACAGUGGGGCGCCGUUGGAGACGUGGGUCUCGUAGCAGACAUGCAAGAUGAAGACGUCCAAUUAGAGAUCGGUGGCACCCUCCAACAAAGGAUUUCCUCCUGUCUGCUAUCUCUCGACAAGUUCUUGAAACAGGAUGCCGUGAUUGUGUCCUCAAUAGUGGUGGCAGAAAAGAAGGCUGGAGGUUCUGGAUGUGGAAACAUUGUGGAUGCAGUUGCACAGAUUAUGGGUAUCAAGGAUCUCAAGACAGUUUCUCAGCAAGUGUCUCUAGCGGAACUGGGCAUGGACAGUAUGAUGGCGGUCGAGAUCAAACAGACCUUAGAGCGGGAAUUCGAGAUAUUCCUGACAGCGCAGGAUAUCAGAACUUUGACAUUUGCGAGGUUAGUGGAACUAACAGCUCAAAAAGAAGCGGAAGCAUCGACAUCAGUGUCAGCACGUCUUAUCGUCCCUGAAGAUGCGGCUGGUCUCCGAGUCCUCAUGAGAAACUUUGGUGAUGAAAAUUUGGCAUUAGAACCUUUCAUAUACAUGCCAUCUAUGGUUAGCGAUGGCUCUGAGACGGAUGUAUCAGUUCACGAAAAUGAGUUGAUAAUGUUCAUGCUGCCCGGUUUAGAAGGUUGUGCUGCAGGAAUGGCGGCCUUAUGUCGUAGGCUUAAGAUUAAGAUUUGCGUCUUGCAGUUUGGCAAUGAAGAGAAGCGGGAUACCUUAGAUUCUUUAGUCAAUAGGUUACACAAGACGAUAAAAUCAAGAUUAAUUCCUGGAAGUCCGUAUAUACUUCUCGGAUACAGUUUUGGUAACCUACCCAUGUUGAAAUUGGCAGACAUUCUGGAAAACGAAGGUCACAAUGGCACAAUAUUCUGCUUAGACGGCAGUCCGGACUUCCUCUACGCAUUACUGACCUUGACAAUGUCCGUCACAAGCGACACUCAGUUACAGAACAGCCUUAUUUGCCAAACCAUAGACAUUAUCAGUCCGAAAAAUCAAAUCAGCGAUAUACUUAUGGAGAAACUCAAGGAAAUUGAUAGAUAUGAAGACAGAGUUAAAUAUGCUUUGAAAGAAUCUCCCGCUCAAAACAAAUAUUCAGAAAAAUUCAUAGAAAUGAUUGCUUAUGCAAGUUUCGAUCGUCUCAAAAUGGUCCUCGAUCAAGGGAAAUUGAAGAAGAUUAAAGCACCGAUAGUUCUGAUUCGUCCGAAGGAAUAUCCACCGUUCAUGGUUAUCGAAGAGAAUUAUGGUCUGGACAAAUAUACUGAAGGUCCCGUGACCGUUCAUCUCGUAGAAGGUAACCAUGUCUCUAUAAUUGAGAAUAAGGAUUGUGCGAACAUUAUCAAUAGAGUUAUAGCUGGGCAAGAGGGUAAAAAGAUUGGUCAGAAUGUUGUAACGAGUAUGGUCAAGAAUCAGCGUACGAUAGAAGUAUAGAUAUAAUAUUUAUUAUACAUUAAGUAAACUUUCUUAUUAGGUAAUUACUAUUUAACUCGUUGUUGGGAGUUUUGGUAGUUUUAAAAUAUUAAAAGUAUUUACUAAAAUGUUGUUGUGCUAUUGUAAGUUUUUAUUAAAUUAUAAACGUAUAGUUUUAUUGUAAUUUAUUUUAGUUUUAAGGUAAAAAUACCAGUACCGAAUAAAAUAUUCAUUAAUUAGGAAAUUUUGAUUUAUUGUAAGAUUUUUUGUACUGAUUUUUUUAAAGGUUUUAAUGACAUUUGUAAUUGUAAUUUAUUUUUAAAAUUUCGAUUGUAACUUUUGGGUACUUCAGUGACGGUUAUCGUGAAAUAUAUAU